CUCCUAUACAAGUCAUUUUUAACCUAUGGAACCCAAAUCACAUAAAAUAUACCCUGAAAUAUCACGUGAGUAGGCUGUCAUAUAUCAACCAAACAACAAUGUGUUACCAAAAAUAAAAACCAAAACUAUAAUAGAAAUUAUUUUUCAGGGAAACCUAAGAAACUUUCCUGCAGAAAAAAAGGGAGUUCCUAGAAACUACUUUCACAAUGAAUUAAUGGUGGGCAUUCUCGUGCAAGCAUCAGUAAAUUUAGUCAUGUAUGUGAAUUAUUAUCCCAAGAAGGAUCACCAAAUAAUUCUGGAGUUGCUUUCAGAGUUAAAUACAUGAGUUGGCCAGAUGUGAAUGGAACAGAAUCUGAAGUCCCAUUUGGAGGUUUCCAUGCCUAAUUAUCAGCACAGCCAAAGAGAAAUCAGACAAAAUCCCCAUUAACUUCCAUCAAGAAAAUCCAACCUGAACAAGCAAGGAAUCAUCUGCAGGCUACAUGAAGGAGAUUCUAGGUAGUUAACUGCCAGCUAAUUUCUCCAUAAUAAUUUAACCACACAUCUAUAUAUAUGUAAGCAUAUGUGCUCAAGAGAUGACAGGUGGUUCAAUUACCUCUUUGAGACAGAAGAUGGGAGUUGAGGUUGAGAAUGUUAGCACAAGGGAGGAAGAAAAGCCCAGCUGGGGAAUCUCUCUCCCUGUUGAGAGUGUUCAAGAGAUUGUGAGGGAUCCUACAUCCAUUCCUGAAAAAUAUGUGAGGAACAAAGAAUGCACAGAAACAGAUAAAAUUCUUUCUCAUCUCUCCUCUGCAAUACCUGUCAUCGAUCUCUCAAUGCUUUCAAGUGGCAACAAGGAUGAGCUGAACCAACUUGAUGUGGCUUGCAGGGACUGGGGGUUCUUUCAGAUAAUUAACCAUGGGAUAGCAACAGAAGCACUGCAAAAUGUGAAAUGUGCUGCAGCCAAGUUUUUCGAGCUUCCAUUGGAACAGAAGAAGAAAUAUUCAAUGGCAUUGAAUGACAUUCAAGGGUAUGGUCAAGUCUAUGUGGUCUCUGAAAAACAGAAACUGGAUUGGGCAGAUGUGUUAGUUAUGGUGGUCUACCCAACCAGAUUCAGGAAAUUAGAAUAUUGGCCUAUGACACCACCUGAUUUCAUAAAUGCUGUGGAAGUAUACUCUAUGGAAGCAAACAGGGUUGGACAGGAACUCUUUGCAAGUCUAUCUUUGCUGAUGGGAAUGGAAAAGGAUGACCUGCUAAAACUGCACAAUGAGGUGAUGCAAACUUUGCGUAUCAACCAUUACCCAACCUGCUGUAGGCCAGAUCAAGUAAUUGGAGUGAGCCCGCAAUCAGAUACUAGCACCUUGACUGUACUUCUGCAAGAUGAUAGUGUUACAGGCCUCCAAAUCAGGCAUUCCAGUGGUUAGGUGCCUGUCGAACCAUUACCAGAUGCUUUUGUGUUGAAUGUUGGAGAUGUUAUUGAGGUGUUGAGCAAUGGAAGGUACAAAAGCAUUGAGCAUAGAACGAUGACUAAUGAGAGCAAGGCAAGGUUUUCGAUUGCUUCAUUCAUCUGUCCAAAUGAUGAUGUAGAAAUUGAACCAUUAAAAUUAACAAUUGAUAGCAAACAGAAUGUCAGGUACAAAAAGAUCAGAUAUGGAGACUUUCUUAGGCAGUCUCUAAGUAGAAAGAUGGAUGGAAAAUCACACACUGAACUUAUCAAACUUGAAAAUGAGUAA